AUGGACCCUGGCAAGUUUAACUUCACACUGCGUCUGUUCCAGCUCAGUAGUCCUUCGGGUGAGUUUGUGGCGCAGGAGUUUUUCAACCCGUCCAGAGCUGCAGACCUUGUUUGUUCCCUGCCGUUCCUGCAGGAGGAUCUGUACUCUGCCCCUCAGCCAGCUCUGUUCCUGGUGGAUAACUAUCAUGAAGCUUACCUGUGGCAGGGCUGGUGGCCGCAGGAUACUGAGAGUACCGGUUCUGCCCUCAUCCGCUGGAACUCAGACAGGAAGUGCGCUAUGGAAACUGUGUUGCAGUACUGCAGAGAAAAGAAUGAGAAGAAGCCUCAGAAGUCAUAUUUGAUCCAUGCUGGAUUGGAGCCUCUGACCUUCACAAACAUGUUCCCCAGCUGGGAGCACAGAGAGGACAUUGCUGAAAUCACAGAGAGGGAGGCAGAGGUGUGUAACCAGAUCAUUCUGGUGGAGGAUAUUUUUGGUCUCUGUCAGAGCAUUUAUCAAAACAAAUAUUAUCCUCUAGAAACACUGCAAACCCGUCCCCUUCCCCACGGCGUCGACCCGCUGAAACUGGAGAUGUACCUGACCGACGAGGACUUUGAGAGAGUAUUAGACAUAAAGAGAGAAGAGUUUGACGCUCUGCCUGGAUGGAAGCAAGUGAACCUAAAAAAAGCCAAAGGACUCUUUUAAAAACCUGACUAAAGUCAUCAUGGUGACAGAAUUAACACAGUCCAUUUCCUCCAUUUUGACCUCUUUCGGGUUAAAUGAGGUGAUUGUGCAAUGAGAACAGGGUAAACGGUCAGGUCAAAGGUAACUUUAGGAUUUACAGAUGCACCUGCUGUGGCGUCCACUUUUGUCUGUGGAGAUGAUGUCUGUGUGUGUCUCCUCACCACAUUCAUGUACAUGAAAUCAAUUCUCUCCUCUUCCCAUUCGGUCUGGGUUUUUGUUGUAAUGUGUGUUUAUGUUUGAUAAGUCUGCUGAAUAAAUGAAAAUUAUAUAAACUUUGUAGCAAGCAAAGAAACAGCAGAAAAUCCUGUGUGAUCACUCUAAAUGUUGUCAUAUGUCUUAGAAUAUUCCUUUUUGAUUCAAGAGGAGUUUACAUGCUGCGUCUGUAUUUUUUGUGUGUUCUUCUCGUGUGAAUGGCUGUUGGUUGUGUUGGUGCCGGUCUCUUUUUCUUGAGGUGUGAGAGACGUCAAGUUUGUUUGUAUUUCGAACAGCAUGGACUAGUUGACGAGAGAAAGAAAAUAUAUUAAUUUAAAUGUACAGUAUAGUGCCUUGGUUUUGUGUACAGUUUCUAUACCAAACACACUGGUCUGCAUUUCAGAGACUUUCUUUGUGAUAAAUGA